UCUUUUUAUAUCCACUGGUUGUAACUCAAAAAGGAAAGAUAAUACACUGGAAGAAAGUUCUUGAGAAAUCAAUGCUCUCAUUUUAUUUUUUCUGGUCAACAUUAAUUUUCUUAGCUAGGGCUUCUAUAACAAUGAGUUUUCACUCUAUAAUUUACUUACAAUUUUUUCUAUUUCCUUUUCUCUUUAUCUUUCAGAUCUGAGAAACCCAUAAACCUUUUUUCUUGUUAGGGGUCAUAUCCACUUCAAGAUUUAGAAUCUUUCUAUUUUUGGAAAACUUCUCAUGAAUUGUUAGGAUUUCUUGAUUUUUGGUUGUAUGUAUUAUCUUGUCUUAAAAUAGUUGAAAGUGAUUUAUUCAAAUCCAUGAUUUGCUUAUCUCAAAUCUUGGUUAGAGACCUUUCUAUUUUUAGAAACAUUCUCAUGAAUUGCUUGAUUUAAAAGUUGACCCUUUUAAGAGAUUAUUCAUAUCCAUGAUUUGCUUGUCUCAAAUCUUGAUUUAGAUACCUUUCUACUUUUGGAAACUCUCCAUGAAGUGCUAUGAUUUCUUGAUUUAAAAAGUGUUGACCCUUUUAAGAGAUUAUUCAUUAGUCUCAAAGCUUGUUUUUAUUAAUUUCUCAAGAAGAAGAAAAUGGUGAGGGGAAAAACUGAAUUAAAAAGGAUUGAAAAUAUAUCAAGAAAGCAAGUGACUUUCUCAAAAAGGAGAGGUGGACUUCUUAAGAAGGCAUUUGAGCUCUCAGUUCUUUGUGAUGCUGAAGUUAGUCUUAUCAUUUUUUCUCAAACAGGAAAGCUUUUUGAGUUCUCAAGUUCAAGUACUAACAAGAUAAUAGAACGUUAUCAGAAGAAUGACAAGAAUUCAAAUGACAAAAUUAUACUUGAACAGACUACAGAGCAUUUGAAGGAGGAGGUUAUUAGUAUGAGUAGGAAUCUGGAGGUUCUUGAAAACUCUAAAAGAAGGCUUUUAGGAGAAGAUUUAGAUUCUUGCUCCAUUGAUGAACUUGGAAAGCUUGAAGAACAGUUAGAUCGAAGUCUAAGAAAUAUUAGGGAAAGAAAGAACCAGCUAUUCAGGGAGCAGAUUUCUCUUCUAAAAGACGAGGAAAAAGUCUUAAUGAAGGAAAAUGCAGAAUUGCACGAAAAGGUUCCAACGUUAGAGUUGAAAUGGGUUAAUUUCAAACUCAUUUCAAAGCAAACUAUUAUAUCUGUGAAGUCUGGCCAUUGCACAAUGUCGGUGAAGCUCUCGAUUUAGUUGCAAGUGAAUUACUUUCUAAGUUACUUUGUGCAGAAAGAAUGAUACAGAAGAUAAAAGGAACAAGACAAGAAACAAAAACGUUGUCCGGAGACUUGCUAAAGUUUGGAAAUUUUAAAAGAUAGGAAGAAAAAGUACACACUCAGAUAUAAUAGCACCUCAACAAAGAAAAAAUUGGCACAAAUCAGAAAGAAGUUCCGGCGAUCUUCAUAACGGAGACUGCUGCUUUUGCUAUUCUUGAGAGUACAUAGCUUCACUUCGCUUUCCUCUUUUUCAUUUCAAAAAUAGAUUUUCUUUUGAUUAUUUUUCAGCCAAUCCUUUUGGAUCUGGUCACUACUGAACUUAGCCCAAGGGCAUUUCCGCCAAAAAUUGUUUAAAAAAGAUAAACAAGUUUGAUUGCUAGCUCUUUGGUUUAAUGAA